AUGACAAACGAUGAAAAGUCCAAGGUCCCUGACAAAGCCUCACUGGCGAGGCUCACUACUGAUAUCGAGCGCGAUUCCGGUGCGGACAGGUCGCCCGAUGGGUCAGAGAAGCCAAAGGAUCCGAACGUGGUCGACUUUGAAGGGCCUGACGAUGUGGAAAAUCCGAUGAAUUGGUCUAGGAGCAAAAGGCUUACGAGCAUUACGAUUGUGUCGUUGAUGACGCUCCUUUCACCCAUAGCAUCGACUAUUAGUUCGGCUGGUGCUUCAGAGAUUUUGGCCCAUUUCCAUUCUACCAACUUGUCACUCGCCGCGUUCGUGACUACCGUGUUCCUGCUUGGCUAUACGUUUGGCCCAAUUGUUAUCGCGCCGCUGUCGGAGAUCUACGGGCGAGCCAUCCUUUACAAGAUCUGCAUGGUCUUGUUCAUUGUAUUCAACGUGGCCUGCGCUGUGGCCAACAGCCUGGGAUCGCUCAUUGUGUUUCGACUACUCGCUGGCAUUAUGGGUUCGUGUCCCGUCACUCUCGGUACCGGCUCCAUCGCGGAUAUGGUCCCGGCUGAGAAGCGAGCCGGUGCCAUGGCGGCCUACGUGAUUGGAGUUAUCCUAGGCCCUUCAAUUGGACCAAUUUGCGGUGGCUAUUUGACUCCUGCGGCUGGAUGGCGCUGGAACUUUUGGCUGAUGGCUAUUGCCUCGGGUGUGAUGACGGUGCCGGUCAUGUUUAUCCCUGAAUCCUAUCCAUACGUGAUUCUGAAGCGGAAGACAGAGCGGCUACGCAAGGAAACAGGCAACCAGGAUUUACGAUCGGCGUUGGAUACGGGCAGAACACCGCGUCAGCUAUUCGCGUUCACUAUCUUGCGCCCACUUAAGAUGCUCAUUUCGCCGAUUAUCUUUUUGCUAUCUCUCUAUUCCGCCGUCGUUUACAGUUAUCUGUAUUUGUGUUUCACAACCUUUCCUGGCGUCUUCGGUACAAAAUAUGGCUUUGGGAGCGGUGCAUCUGGUCUAGCGACGUUGGGACUUGGGAUUGGCUCUGUUAUCGGGCUCUUCUUUUGCGGCGGCACAUCGGAUAGACUCUCUAAACAUCUGACACAAAAGUACGGUGGAGAUACCAAACCUGAGUAUCGACUUCCCGUCCUGAUCCUUGGUGGCUUCUUCACGCCUAUCGGACUGUUCUGGUACGGAUGGACGGCUCAGCACGACACGCACUGGAUUGUACCUAUUAUCGGCACUGGUUUUAUUGGCGGGGGCAUGAUCGUUACAUAUAUGGGCAGCACCAUGUACCUCGUCGACGCAUACACGGUUUACGCCGCCUCGGUGACUGCUGCAAACACCAUCUUCCGCUGUCUUUUUGGAGCCUUGCUUCCGCUUGCUGGCCCGGCGAUGUACGAUAGUCUCGGAUACGGCUGGGGCAAUUCGGUGCUGGGUUUUAUUGCAGUUGCUUUUAUUCCCCUGCCUUUUAUUUUCUACCUCUACGGGCAGCGAAUUCGCGAGUCUAAUCUCUUCAAAAUCGAGUAUUGA